CAGAGGCUGGGAGGAAAGAGAGAGAGGCACUGCUCCGGCGGAGGGAUACAGCCCUACAUAUAUAGCAGGGAGGUGCAGGCUCACACCUACAGCAUUUGUCAGGGGGGAGCCGCUCGGAGGAGGUAGCAGCCGCAGCAGCUCGUGCUCCUUUGCUUGAGCAGCCAGUGUAGCCGCAGCAACCCAACCCAGCCACCCCCGCGCAAUGGUAGGUAGCUGGCGUGCAGCGGCCGGUAGGGCAGACUUUGGAGCUGGCCUGGACGGGGGGGGAGGGGGGCUGGACGCAUCUGGAUUUGCCAUCGCAGUGGAGAUGGCUGGCUUGUGACGAGCUGCUGCUGAGCUUCCUUGCCGCUGCGAGGGGCUGGGGCAGCCGCGUGGCGUUGGGCUUGGAGCCCGGCUUCCUCUGCUUGCCCACCCGCGGUGGGGAAUUAGGUGGGAGCUAGGCUGGCUUAGGGGCUGCAGGGGACCCAGCAGCGGGGUGGGUGAGCGGCGGGGGUUUAGGGGGGCGGCUGAUCGCCCCCGCCCCCCAGUGUGAGGCGAGACUGGGCAGCCGGGCUGAAGCCUGCAGACCGCCCCCCUCACCUCCCCCUCCGGCUGUUUCCCUGCGCCGCGUGGCCGCGGUUCCUUGCAUCGCGCAGCGAUGGGACCCGCUGCCGCUCGCUCUCCGCGAGGGCCGGGAGCUGCGGGACGCGGCUGGCUAGGAAGCUGUCACUCCCGCGGCUGCUGGCAGUGCCCGCUUCCCUCCCCUUACCGAGUGCUGGGGCCGGUCCCGCUGGGCAGCUGGCGGUGCCAGCAGGGUGCCUGAGGCGGCUGGCUGGGAUGCCGCCCCGGAGCGGGCAGUCUGCGCUGCAGUGCCGGGGGAGAGGAGUGGCUGAGCCGCCGCUGGGGCAGGAGGUGCGGGGCGCCCUGUGCCGCCGGCUGCAGCGGCUGCUCCGGGGCUCUGCCCCGCGCCCCUGGAUGGGAAGGGGCGGAUGCCGGACGUAGGUGGCCUCCUCCUUAGCGGGGCGGGGGACAGCAGAGCCCAUCCCUCCAUUGCUGGGGUGGGCGAGGGCACCCCCAGGCUCCCUGCUCCCCUCCCCGCUCGGGCUGGGAAUAGGGCUCCCGAGGGGGGCACUAGGGAUGAAGGUAACAAUCCCAAUUUCAGCACCAGCUGCACUGCGCAGGGUGGCUGGGGUGGGGGAGGCGAGGGCUCUGCGGCUGCUGCGCUUUUACCCCCCAAUCCUUAAACGCAGUAACGCCAAAAUCCUUCGCAGGCUGCAUUACAUCAUGUCUCCUCCUCUUCCUCGCCAGCCCCAGGAGGGUGAGACAGGGCCGCAGUGUGCGUCGUUUCCAUUAGAAACUUCCCAGUUUCUGCCAGGGCUUAGUGGGAGGAGAGCAGCUGCUACAACACUGGAGCCUUUAUCUUUCCGGAAGGGGCCUGGCUUCCUCAUUGGAGACAGGACUCUGGAUGCGCAUGGGAACGGGUGGCUCCUGAGGAGUAGCUGCUUGGCUCCCUGAAUGAGGGGGUUUCAGGGGGACCUGGGAGCUGAAGGGGAUGGGCAGGCGUCUGGGGACGGCAGAGAGAUUCCGCAGUUGAAUCCCGCUCCUAACCAAAGGACGAAGAUGGGAUAUUGGACAAUAGCGAGAGUAGCUGCUUCUGCGGGGGGGCGGGCGGUACUGCUGCAGUGCAUGGCUGCUGAUCCCGUGGCUUGGUGGGGAGGGGUGCCUGUUGCGCUCUAGGAGAAGAGGGGCUCGCCUUUCUUGGCUUUUCUUUCACACAGAUCUGGAUUUUUAACAUCCGUGCUAUCCAUGUUUACUUUAAAAGUGCAUCACUUGUGCAUAGACUAGGCUGUGGGGUCUGCCUCUGUUCGGUCUGCUCUGAACAUCGGGUUGCUGGACUGCAACCCUGGACUCUUAAUGACAUUGGGUUGAGAGAGUCUCCCCUCCCUGCAGUUUUUGCUUCCUAUAGGAGCCGUGAAAGCUGGGGUGCAGAUUACCAAAUAUGAUUGUGGGCCAUGCUGGGUGUUCCCCACCCCACCCCCUUCACUUCCCCCUUCCUGUUGGGGGAAGGCUGAGAUCACUGGGACAGGAUUUUAUGACUUGGCUGGGUGGGGUGAUUUCUCUGGUGUAGGUACCUUUGCCCUGGUAGCUAGGGUGAUCAGACAGUGUUUGUGCCUGUUGCUUAGGAGGGUGAACUGGAUCACCUGCAAGGUCAGCUUUUUAAAAAUAGACAUAAAUGCUGCUUGAAGACCAGAAUAUUGUAAGUUUCAAAUUGGAGGGGCUUCAAACUGGUGCUGGGGAUCUGAGUUCCUCUCUAUUGAGGUGUGGCUCUAUUUCCUGUUCUGCAGAGCAUUGCUCUGAUAUGUCAUGCUAUGUAAAUGACCUUUUCCGUUUCACUUUCUAAAAGAGAAUCUCUUUACUGGGACUGUCGUGAGGAGGGUGGGGUUAAUACAAAGUGGGCCCUGGCCCACAUACCCUCACAGUUAUGUUUUAAUAUUCUUAAAAACACACACACACAAGCUUUGUCCAUAUGAGGCUCCAAUUAAAUAAUUCAGUAGAAAUUUCUUUCAAUCACCAUCCUUUUGUAAUAGACUACUUUUAUGGAUAAUAACUACAGAUGGAAGUGCUUUUGGGGUGUGUGUGUGUAUGUAUAUAUAUACUUAAUGUACACAACCUUUCAACCCCAUUGUCCAGAGACCAACACAGAGUGUAACAAAUAUACAGCUUAUUUCACACUAGCAUUUGAUACAAUUUCCUCAAAAAGAGCUACGUUAGUGUAGCUAACUGCGCCAGACUUAAAAUUAUUGCUGUUUCCCAGGAGAAAUUAUAAGCAUCUUGGUAUCCUUCCUAACUGAUCAGUUAAACUUUGUUAUAUUUUUGUUUCUCAAUUUGGUGUAAAAAUUAUUUUUAUUAAAACAAUAGAGUUAAAAGCACAGGGUGCUAGGAAACCAAAUAUGAUUAACCUGGUACCAUGCCAUCCUCUAAAAAUACUGAAACCAAUUAGGUGGGUUUUUCCUGUCUCUAAAGGAAGAUAAAGGGUCUACACAGUUCUUAGAACAUAAGAAUGGCCAUACUGGGUCAGACCAAAGAUCCAUCUCACCCAGUAUCCUGUCUUCGGAAAGUGGCCAAUGCCAGGUGCCCCAGAGGGAAUGAACAGAACAGGUAAUCACCAUGUGAUCCAUCCCUUGUCGCCCAUUCCCAGCUUCUGCCAAACAGAGGCUAGGGACACCAUCCCUGUCCAUCCUGGCUAAUAGCCACUGAUGGGCCUGUCCUCCAUGAACUUGCCUAGUUCCGUUUUGAACUCUGUUAUAUAUUGUUCUCUGAACCUGUGGGAUGGAGAGAGCUUUUUUGGGGGUGGUUAAAAAUAAAACCCUUUUUGAAGCUAAGGAUGAAAUGUCUUGUGUUAAAGGAAUGUGUUUGGUUCCAUUAUGGGCCCAACAAAACACACAUGCAGUUAUCUGCUGAUUUCAGAUGUAUUGGUGGUCUCAAGACACAGUAUUUACGUAUUGUAAAUGGCAUAAACCUAAGAAAUUAUAGCUUAACAGAGACCUUUCAUUGCAUGGUAACAUUCCUACCUAAUGGAACUGUUACUGUAGCUAAAAGGCAUAACAAAUGAGAUGUUGACAGAAAAGCAUGUAAUUCUAAGAACAUGGCAUAAAUCCAGAUCUUGCAAUCAUGGUAUUAUCCUAUCGCAAGCUAAAAAACUGCUAGGUCAAUAUUGUGAUGGAAUAUCUCCAGGAAACACUUGGGUUAUGUUGAAUCACUAGGGGAUUUCUGCUUUGUGCCUUAAACUUGGCCAUAUUGGAUUUCUCCAUAAACUUGAUCUGGCUAUGGCAUUCUUAACUAGUCCUAAAAUGUGUAGUCUCUUUGUAGCAUUAGCUAUUACACUGAGUCUUAGAUGUUGCUGCACGCUAUUGGUGGGUGAAAUCAUUCUUCUGUGUAUUGAGUACUCCUGGAUUUCUGGGAUUGAAAGGUGCAGUAUAAAGGCUGAUCAGCUGACUGAAGAACAGAUUGCUGAGUUCAAGGAAGCUUUCUCCCUAUUUGACAAAGAUGGUGAUGGCACCAUCACAACAAAAGAGCUUGGGACUGUCAUGAGGUCAUUGGGUCAAAACCCAACAGAAGCCGAAUUACAGGAUAUGAUCAACGAGGUAGAUGCUGAUGGCAAUGGCACUAUCGAUUUCCCUGAGUUCUUGACCAUGAUGGCCAGAAAAAUGAAGGACACUGACAGCGAGGAAGAAAUCCGUGAGGCAUUCAGAGUCUUUGACAAGGAUGGCAAUGGUUAUAUCAGUGCAGCAGAACUACGUCAUGUUAUGACAAACUUAGGAGAAAAGCUAACAGAUGAAGAAGUAGAUGAAAUGAUCAGAGAAGCAGAUAUCGAUGGAGAUGGACAAGUGAACUAUGAAGAAUUCGUACAGAUGAUGACCGCAAAAUGAAGACCUCCUUUCACCUUUUUUUCCCCUCUAGAAGAAUCAAAUUGAAUCUUUUACUUACCUCUUGCAAAAAAAAUGUUCAUUUAUUCAUUCUGUUUCUGUAUAGCAAAACUGAAUGUCAAAAUACCUUCUGUCCACAAACUGCAUGUAAUGGUUGGUGGUCCUGUCCCCAAAAGAUCAAGUUAAACAUCAGUUUUACAAUCUAAGUAACUGUACUACCUUUAAAAAAAAAAAAAAUUUAAAAAAAAGGAAGCACUUAGUGAACUCGUCAAGUUCCAUUUGCUAAUGACUAUUACACUGUUUGGGCUGGCCAAUUUUUCAUGCAUGCAGCUUGACAAUUGAGCACAGUCAGACAUUUGUAGUUAAUUUAAAAAAAAAACAAACCCAAAAAAUCCACUAUUUUGUCCAACAGUGGAUUCUAAUUCAAUUUGUAGUGUAAAUUGUCAUAGCUGGUUUACUUUAAAAUUGGUUUAUACCUCAGGAUGGUAUGCAGCAAAAAUGGUCAAAGGAUGCAAAAUUUAGAGGAAAGUGCCCUAAAUGUUGAAUGGUUCUCCUGUAUGUAGCAUUGUGCUCCAAAAAAAGAUGAUCUUAACUAUGGGUGGCAUGUCUGUUAUAAUAUUGGUUUAACAUUGUCUGCAUUGCACUAUAGUGAAACGGGUGUCAGGCUGUUACCGUUCACAAAAUUUUUAAAAGAAACCUUCACCAAGGGAGCAUCUUUGGACUCUCUCCUAUUUUUAAAACCUUCUGUACCAUGACUUGGAGCUGGCAGAGUAGCCUGUGGACUUCAGCACAACUAUCAACAUCGCUGUUCAAGCUAUUACAGUUUGUCCAUUCCAAGUUGUAAAUGCUAGUCUUUUUUUUCCAAUAAAAGACCAUUAACUUAAA